GUUCAGUUCAUUCGUAUUACGAACGCCGCACAAACAGCACCUUACAAUCUGAGUUAUUUCGAUUUUGCACAAAACACAAAAAUUCUAAAUUUUCGGAGAAAGUAAAAAGUUGUAAACGAAAGCAAUACGAGUUUAAAAAAGGGUUAAAUCGAUACACCAGCAGAUUUGGGGCCGGAAUAAUCCAUAGUACUUUUUAACCAUGAGCGACCUCAGUGACCAAGACAAGACGGAGUUGAAGGAGGUGUACGACCUGCUGUGCAAGGAUAGUGCCACCGGACAGAUAACCACCGUCGAAGUGAAUAUCCUUUUGCAGCACCUCAAUCGGCGGCCGUGUUCAGCUGAGCUGCACGAAUUGCUUUCGCCAAACGCCACCGAUGGCAGUGAAAUCGUUGAUCUCGAUCGCUUCUGCCGCAUUAUGAUCCUUGCGGAGCAGGAGGAAAUGCUGCUCGAAUCCUUCCACCGAUUCGAUCGCAACGGGGACGGGGUACUGUCGGUCGAGGAACUUCACUUGGCCCUUGAGGAGACGCUGUCGGAGAAGCCGGACCGCUCAACCAUCGAGGAGAUGAUGCAGGAGGCCGAUCCCGAAGGCACUGGGGCCAUCUCAUACGCCAGCUUCUUGAAAAUGGCCCUCAAGUACGAGCGGGAUUAAUUAGGCCUGGCCUGUGCAAUGAUAAAAGGGACAACGUGUAUUAUUUGUAAUUAUAACAGAAAUUGGGUGCGGACAGUCGAACCACUUGAACACUAAACAAAAUGUCAAUAGUGAAUAAAAUUUAAGGGAGCACAGGGGAAUCAUCACCCUUGUGACCCAGUGAACAGCCACAA